GUUGCCCAGCUUUGCGUUGACAGGGUCGCGCCCAGCAAAAUUAUCUCCAGCCAUUUCAACCUUAGCCAGGAGCUCCUACAAACGUUCCCGUUCGCGCCACCCUCAACUUGGCUCUAGCACAACCCCAUCACCCCCGUGCUUCCCUUCCAUCAUCGGAGACAAUUCCCAUCUCCAUCCGCUCUAAAGAUACCCCCUUCCCGUAUUUUAUUUCAUACACAAUACUAUUCGACAACAGCACAAUCGGUUGACUCCUGUUAGAAUGGCUGCAUCGAGACCAUACAACAAUUCUGGAUAUCUUCCCAACGGUGCCAGCGGAGUUCAGCCUGGCGCCGCGCCUUUGCUCCCUAACCAAGGCCGUGUCAUCCAAACUGGCCCCAUCAGAGUCCUUUGCAUUGCAGAUGUUCGAGGUAACUUGCGAUCUCUGAAUGAAUUGGCGAAACAAGCUCGAGCGGACCACAUCAUCCACACUGGCGACUUUGGCUUCUACGACGACACAUCACUCGAUAGAAUCGUGGAGAAAACGUUGAAGCAUGUUGCGCAAUACUCGCCUCUAAUCUCUGAGCCUGUCAAGAAGGCUAUUCAACAAGGAGGAGCUGGACCCAUCAAGUCUCGCUUUUCUCCCAAUGAGCUACCCCUGUCUGAGCUCCCUUUGCUUCUCAGCGGCGAGCUCAAGCUUGAUGUUCCUGUUUAUACUGUUUGGGGUGCCUGUGAAGAUGUCCGAGUCUUAGAGAAGUUUCGAUCCUCCGAAUAUAAGGUUCACAACCUGCACAUUGUUGACGAAGCCAAGUCCAUGCUACUGGAGCUCGGCGGAGUCAAGCUCCGACUCCUCGGCCUUGGCGGUGCUGUGGUCAUGCACAAGUUGUUUGAUAAUGGCGAAGGCAGGACUACGAUCGCUGGUGGACAAGGUACCAUGUGGACUACGCUGUUGCAAAUGGGUGAGCUUAUCGACACGGCUCACCGCGUUUACGAUCCAACUGAAACCCGCGUUUUCAUUACCCAUGCAUCACCUGCUAGAGAGGGUAUAUUGAAUCAAGUCUCAGUUACCUUGAAAGCGGACUUUUCGAUUUCAGCCGGCCUUCAUUUCCGUUACGGUAGCUCUUACAACGAGUUCAGCGUCAAUCCAACUCUUGACCAUUACCGUGGCAAACUGGCUGCAUCCAAGGCGUCUUUCAACGAUGUUUGGGAAACGGUCAAGAGUGAGGUUGAACCGGCUAUUCAACAGAAUGAAGCUCAACAAAACCUACUGAAGAACGCUUUGCAGAUCGUUGAAAAAAUGCCCACUACAGCUGCCGGUGGAAACCCCUUUGGCGGACCUGUUUCUGGACAUGCCGCUCUGGGUCAGAUUGACGAAAGUGCCUUUAAGAAUAUGUGGAAUUUCAACUUGGCAGAUGCCGCUUUCGGCUAUCUUGUUCUAGAAAUCCAAGAUGGUCGGAUUGGUACCGAGAUGCGCGCACAAGGCUUCAACUUUGCCCACCGUGGUUCUAAACAACAAGCUGGCGCUGCCCCAGUUGCCCCUAAUGCUGGAACCGCAUCACCAGCACCAACUGGUUCCCAGGUUGCCCCCCCUCCUACCGGCAGAGCUGGGUCUGAUAAGGCUAAAGCAAGCCCUGGCCCAGGUCAGCCCGCCACUCCCCAGCCCACGCAGGACAAUAACAACGGUGCCUCGGAGAAGACACCUGGUGUAGCUAAUGGAUCAAACGGCCCGGAAUCUGCGUCUUCUCCGGCUCCCAAGACAGCUGCUUCUGACAUUAUUGGGUUGUUCAUCAUGAAUGUUAGUACUGAGGAACAAUGCAAAGAACUAUUCUGCGAUGAAGACAAGGAAAAGAUUACCAAGAUCGAUAAAUGGGGUAACUCAAACAAGGUGGUGCACUUCAAGACUGUCGAAGAACGAGAUACUGCCAUGGCCCGCCUUCCCGACUCUUCGAAGACGCGAACCCAGGAAGACAGAUCUAAGCCACUUGUUAGAAUCUUCCAGCCGCGUGAAAGCAAACCUAUUGUUGCCCGCGGGGGUGCUGGAACCUGGGGUGGAAGCACUCGUGGAGGUGCCACAGCUAGUGGUUACCGCAGUGCAGGUGGUGCCAGUGACUCCGAGAGCAACCGCCGCGGUGGACGUGGUGGACGUGGUGGACGCGGCGGAGACCGUGGACGAGGUGGACGUGGACGUGGAGGAGCGAAGGGAGAGACUGGUGCUUCGUCUCCUGCCGCACCUUCAACGCCCGCUGCCGAGUAAGAUGCGGCGGUCUGCCUUCGUUGAGAUUCCUCGACGGGUGCGACAGACGGCCAUAUUAGACAGAUGCUUGCACAUAAUGCAAGAUGCAAAAAUUUCCCAGUCGAACACAAGCGUCGACUAUUGUCUAUUUUGUACUUAAUGAUAUUCUCGAAUUCGAGGAAAGGUUGUAAGGACAGUUGUUGGGGAUACCCCGUCCGCGUUGACUAAUAUGAUGUAUAGUCAUAGCUAGUUGAUUCUUUAAAGAUUGAGUGUACUGCUGUAGCCCUUGAACACUAAAUAUUGUCACACUUGUAUUCCCCUAAUUCUAUUUGUGAACCGCUAGUUAUCAUACAAAAUCUAAGUAUACAAAGGCUUGCGCCGUUAGAGAGAAAAAAGAGCAGAUGACGAAUUAAUGGCACUGCCAUUCUCUCGUUGAACCCUCUACAAAGGCUUGAUACCGCGAUGGAUGGCAGCGACACCACCAGUUAAAUCUUCAUAACCCGGACCAGCAACCUCAAAUCCAGCCUCGACAAUCAUGUCCCUAAAUGCCUCUUGGCUGGGAAAGCGUUCAAUACUCUCCACAAGAUAUUGGUAGCUAUCACGGUCGCCAGCAACCAGCUGCCCAAUAAGGGGAAUUGCGCUGAAGGACCAUUGCUUGUACAUCGCAUUGAGUAGAGGAUACUUGUCUACUUUGGAGAACUCCAUGCAGGCAAAGACACCGCCAGGCUUCAGAACUCGGUAGGCUUCCUUCAGCGCGGCUGGCAUGUUUGAGAAAUUUCUGAUGCCAAAGGAGACUGUGUAGAGGUCCAGCGAGUUGUCAGGAAUGCUUGAAGGGAGAGUUUCAGCAUUGGCUUCGAGGAAAGAUAAACAGGCUUGUUGGGAAGCUGGGAGUGCAAGCGAACGCUCACGCCCGACUGCUAACAUGGCUGGGUUGAUGUCCGAGAUUGUAAUGUGGAUGUUGGGAUUGCCGUUCAGUACAUGGGAGUGUUGGAGCAUGCGGAACGCGAUAUCUCCAGUACCGCCAGCGACAUCGAGGAUCUUUUGGGGCUGGCCAAGAGGAGUUGUAGCUCCAGGGUUCAACGACGAUACGAAAUAAUCUCUGUAGGAAACACAAGGUUAGUAAACCGUGUUAAUCUAAUCGUCGCGUAUAGAUCGACAGGAGCAACCCACUUCCACAGGCGAUGCACACCGAAAGACAUGAAAUCAUUCAUCUUAUCAUACGACUCUGCAACACUUGUAAACACACCCGCUACGCGCUCUUGCUUCUCGGUCUCUGUAACGGUUUCAUAGCCAAAGUGUGUUGGACGGUUGCCAGUCGGCGUUGAACGGGUGCCGGUCUCCUGGCCCAGGGCGGCAGAUGUGGAGAGUGUUCGAAUAGCCCGGGUUGGUGUAGCAUUUCGGAUUAAUCUGGCGCAACAGCGCAUA